UUGUUUCUAAAAAAUCUACAGUACAAAGUGAUGGCACUUACAAAUUUGUUAAAACUAAAAACUUUUAUUUUUCAUCUAUUGCACCUGAGAACUUUUAUUUAGUACAAAAAUUAAUUUUCAAACUUAUUUCCAUAUCAAAAUCUGCUGAUAACGAUUUUGUACUUCACGGGCUAAGGGUACAAGACUUACAUAACUUAUAUGAUAUGCCGCUUCAAUCAUCGCUUUUUAAUAUUUACCGUGCCGAAAAUCUCAGUUUUAACAGAACACCGAAUCACCCAUACGCUUGACGAAGUAACAUCAAAAGUUAUACGCUUCUACACCAGAUCGUCUUAUAUAUUUGUGCCACUCAUAGCAGAUCAUGUCGCAGAACAAUCUCAAUUACAUCGUCGACCCCAUUAAUGAUGACAUCGCAUCCUCACAAACUAUUUAUGUGAUGCAACCAAGUCCAAGCCCAACAACACCUUCUUUGGAUAGUGCAACGUCGUCGGCAAUUCAAUCAGUAAUCAUCGUCGCAUGUCAAAAGGCUGUUGAAAAGGUGGAGGAAAAAAAUAAGCUAAUAUUGUUACGCCUAACAGAAAACGUUGAGGGGCUGCGCAAAGAAAUCAUUGAUCUUAAAAAAGCGGUAUCACAUAAUAACGCUACUAUUAUACCAAGCAAGCCGUAUGCUAAUAUUGAAGACUUCCUCAAUUUUGAGAAAACUAUUCUGGAAGAUAUAGAUAAAUUUUCCUUGCUGAAGGCAGAUCUAAAAAGAUUGUCAACAUCAUCCAAUUCGAGAAAAUUUGUUACGAAAGCGUAGCAGAAGAUUAUGACUGACAACGUUGCUGAGAGCUUUUCCUGGUGAGGAACUGCAGAUAAGAAGUGCAUUAGGGCCUUCACUGUCGCCACUGCUAUUCAUCAAACUUUCGCUGAAAAUGGAGGCAAGGAAGAGGACUUUGUGUUUGCCUCUAAGUCAUAUUUCCAGUCCAGUCCAAAAAAUCGUAUUAAAAAUAAAACAACAAAAAAAGUAAACUAAAAUACUAAGUAGUAAUGAUUUUUUAAAUGAAAAAACA